AUGGAUAUGCUGAUAAAACUAAUAUUUCUGUUGUUGUUGAUCAAAAAUCUGCCUGGCGGCGAGACAAAAGUGUCCUGUAAAGAUGAACAGGGUAAGGAUGUUGACUGGUUUUAUUUAUACAAACUACCCAUGCAUUAUGCUGCCAAAAAUUCCACACGAGCUCAAGAUAAUUCUGGUCUACAUUAUCUAUAUCUAACCAGUAAAUCGUAUGACAAAUGGACUCUAUCCGAAAAAGAAAUAAAUGAGUCAACCUCUAUAACGGGCUUGACCCUGGAACCUUUGUUCAACAAUAAAUCCUUGCUUUUACUGGCAUACAAUGAUGAAUAUCCCAAUGGUACAGUUAUUUUUGCGGGUGGCCAUGCCAAAGGUGUGGUGGCCACAGAUGGUGUUACAGGUCUGUGGUUAAUCCAUUCCGUACCCAAAUUUCCCAAUACCACACACUAUGAAUAUCCCUCAACGGGUUCACAUUAUGGACAAAGUUUCCUGUGUAUCACAUUGGCAGCUACAGAAAUGGAAAAAGUUGCCGAACAGCUGCUGUUCAAUGAACCCAAUAUUUAUGAUCACAAUAUACCCAAUGAAUUGCAUGAAAAAUUCCCCACUUUCGAAAAAGUUCUCAAAAAAGAUUGGAUUAAAACCGCACCUUUCAAUAAUGUUCUCAAUCUCAUCUCCCUGGAAGGUUCGACAUUCAAAUCCUUUGCCAAAUCCAGCAAAUUCAAUCAAGAAUUAUAUGCAGAUUUUGUGGCCCCUACUUUGGACACCAAUCUCUUGGUGGAAACAUGGCGUAAUGGUGCCGGUAAUUUAGAUUCAAAUUGUUCACGCAACGAUAAGGUUUAUAAUAUCAAAAGGAUCGAAGAGGAGGCCUUUGGUUUGGAUUUUAAAACUACGCAGGAUCAUUCCAAAUGGGCUGUGUCACAAAGUGUGGGUUUGAAAUUUUGGCGUUGGCGUUUAGGUAGUUCUUCCAGAAAUUGGAUUUGUGUGGGUGAUAUAAAUCGCCAGCAACAUCAGCUGGUUAGGGGUGGCGGAGUCCUCUGUCAACAAAAUUCGAAAAUAAGUAAGCUAUAUCGUAAGUUUGUCAAGGAGUAUGAAUCGUGUUCGAAGAAAUGUAAAUAA